AUGGUCACAACGCGCCGAGGUACCGGGACCGCAGGUUCGGUGCAGAGCACGCCAGCAAGCUCUACGAGGAGCGCGAAGGGCAAACGACAUUUGGAGCUCGAGGUGCAGGAGACAUCGACCCCGACCAAAAGGAGAAGAAAGAUCGCGACGAAGGAGGAGCCCGCUACGGAUGAAAAUAGCGACCAGGCUCAGGAUAGCAUUGAAGUAUCUGCAGAUGGCGCAAACAACGCGGACACGGACCCCAAGGUCAAGGCAAUCCCGGUCAGGACGAGGAGCAAGAAGAGCGUGGAUCUUACCGUAGCGAGCACACCUGUCGCACGUCGCGCCAGCCCUAAGAUUGUCAUUCCCGAACCAGCUUCGGAGCGGUCCGCGGACGAAGCAGACGUUUUCUACACACCGGCGCAGCACUCGUUCGCCAAUACAGCAGACGAAGACGAUAGGGAAGGCUCGCUCACUCCCAGGCCGACCUCAAAAGCUAACAAGGCGACACCGGCAUCGGGCAAAGGAUCUGGCAAGAGGGGAAGGCCGAGGAAGCAUUCCAAGGCUAAUUCGCCGGAAAAGAGCCCCAUCGUAUCCACCUUGGCUGAAGAGGUACCCUCUUCGACUUGGGAAAGCGAACAAGCUCCCAUCUCCCCUGUGAAGCUGGAUGACACCGCGAAAGCUACGGGAGAAACCGUAAGCUCAGAGGAAAAGCAAGAAUCAGAUGCCGACACUGCUCGCGAUGGUGCUGAAGGUUCGGCUACCAUAGAAAACAAGCCACCUAAGGACCAGGUUCAAGAUCUCGCAUCACUGGGUAUCGCUUUCGAGGACGUGGCGCCAGACACAACGGCAGCUCAACCUCGGAAACACAAACGCUUCGGCAGCGAUGAGCCUGCUGAGGCCAAGGUGCAGGUUGAGCCGACAGAAGAACCAGCGGUAGACGGACCUGAGGAUGACGGAAGCGACUCUGACGAAGCUCCGGAAGAGGUCACUACAUCGGCGGCCGCUUCCAAGGCCAAGGCUACAGCUGAAGAAACAAAGCGCGCACGACAAGCACAACAGGCGAAGGAAGAAAAACGCCGCCAGGAGCGCGCUGAUCGCAUAGCCCAGGAACAAGCCGAGAAGCGUGAACGCGAGGAGAAGAAGGCACGAAAGCUGGCUAAGAGUCAGGCCAAACUUGCUCGCCUACAGCAGCGCCAAGGAUCGUCCCCGGCCAGGGCUUCCAUGGAUGUGGACAUGCACAACCUUCCAGACCUACUUCCAGACUCAAUUCUCGAAGCGGCGGGAGACCGUCGAGCCCCUACGCCGCCGCCCGUUCGAGGAGGCAAGACCGAAGAGGAGCUUAGGAAAGAGAAAUUGAACAGGCACAUCAAGUUCUUGGAUCGCGGUGAGAAACCUAUUAAGGAUGUGAAGAAAGGGAAACUUAACGUAUCGGUGCUGGCACAGCGGAAUGCACUGCUCGCACCCAAGGUCAACCGUGAUACGAAGAAUAUCCGGGAGCAUUGGCUAAAAGGGAGGGAAGCUCAGAGGAAAGGUCGCGGAGGCAGGAAAGGGACGACUUUCAGGAAAAUGGAGAGGAGAGCUGUAUCUGGGGGUUUCUUGAGGGGUGGAGAUGAUGAAUAA